ACCUGCACUUCCAGAAUCAUCUGGUACCCAGGACCGACCUGCACCAGCCUCCAUCCUGUUCUACUCUGCAGCAGGGUGGGAUGGGCAGGGGUUGGGUGAGUUAGCCAGGGGCUAGCAACAGGGCAGGCAAUGCCAGAUAGCCAAGGACAAAAAGGAGGAAGUGGAGGUGGAUGUUCCCGAAACAAGUGGAAGCUGAGAAAGACGAGCAUCCGUCCUACUAUCCAACCACUUUUUACCAUUAAUGAGGAAGAGGAGGGACAGAAACAGAGGAAUGUUUACAAGAAGAAACAAGCGUCCUUCUCUCGGUAUCAAUCUGAGGAUGGUCGAUCCUCUACAAUCACCCGUCCCAGCUCCUCGGGCUCCGGACGGACCUACACUCCCACAGGGACCCCUAUCCCCACACCCAAUUGCACCAACCCCAGCAAAAGCACAAGUAAUUACGCUAAUUAUGCUACCAAAACAGACUCGUUGCUCUUCAACAAGAUUGACGAGAGACAGAGGUUGGCCCGUGAGCGCAGGGAGGAGCAUGAGAAACAGAACGCUGUCAAGGAGGCCCAAUGGCAAGCUCGUGAGGAUCGAGCCAGGCAGCACUACGAGAAGCACCUGGAGGAGAGGAGGAAAAGGCUGGAGGAGCAGCGGGUAAAGGAGGAACAAAGACGGGUCGCUGUGGAGGAGAAACGACGGCAAAAACUGGAGGAGGACCGGGUGCGUCACGAGGCGGUGAUUCGUCGCACGCUGGGGAAGGGCCAGAAAACCAAGCCAAAGCAGAACCGCUGGUCUUGGGGAGGAGCACUGCACACAAACACUCCCAGCACAGCAGCCGGUUUUGUUGAGUCUGCUUUCCUCUAUCCACUCGACCUUGCUGGACUGGAGCACAUGCAGAGUGCUUUCAGUCUCUACCACAAACACGGAAUGACCUCCCAAUAUGCCAAUAGAAGGUCAGUGUCCACCAUGAAUUUAACCAAACAUCCAGACCCCAUCAUUACCAAGCGCCUCUCCUCCUCCUCUGCGACACUCCUGCACUCACCUGACCGAGGCUUACAGCUGAGAACAGUCUCCACUCCUGUCAUAAACAAAGCUCUGUCCAAACCUCGUUUACAUCAGGGGAGGACCACGCAGCAAAAAACCACAGGUCUGCGCCACCUGCCGCUGACACCGUGGGAGAGCAACAUGGUGAACCGUUUGCAGCAGCCGACACACUCCUACUUGGCCCGCAGCCGCAGCGCCAUGAGCUUGUCUGGAGAGCAAACAGCCAUGCCUGUGUGUCCUCGCUCAGUUUCCUGCCACCCCACGGGCGCAAUGUCCUUUAAGGCCCUGCAGGCCCAGCCUCUUCCUCUCUGUCGCGGCCAGGAGAGGAGUCUCAGCAGGGAGGCGCCGUCCUCUGAAAUCAUCACCCCACGGAGGAGGACCACUGGAACAACACAGAAGCAGAAAGAGCGUGAGCAUGCCAGGAAGUCCUGGAGCAACUUGUCCCUUCCACUAAAUCCUGUUCUGACAUUACCCGUCAACAAACACAUCACUCCUCCGGCCAAAAAGAGCAGCAAAACAACAGCACCCUCUCCUGGCAGACUUUCACUGAAGACAGCAGGACGUCCACCGACUCCCAAGCUGCUCAAGUCUCCAGGAGCCGAAGAUGCUGGAAACCUUCGUCCCGUCAGGGUCACACCUGAGAAUUCCCAUCCCACAACCCCCACCAGAGCUGAAGAGGAGGAGGAGCCAUCUUUCAGUACUCAGCCUCGACCUCAGCCGUUGGGUCAAAACAAGAUCUCGAAUGAGCAGAUACCAGCAGCAGCCUCAGGAGCCAACGAGAGUUCAAGCAGUUCUCCAGCUUCCAAACCGUCAGCGGGCACCACAGAUCCAGAGGAGGCAAGUCGUAUCCUGGCUGAGAAGCGACGUCUGGCCCGGGAGCAGAGGGAGAGAGAGGAGGAGGAGCGAAGGCAGAAAGAGGAGCAGGCGAGAUUAGCAAAAGAGGAGAUGGCUCGCCGUAAAGCUGAGGAGAGAGCGAGGAGAGAAGAGGAGGCUCAGCGCCAAGCAGAAGAGAGGAGAAGGAAGGAGGAGGAGGAGAAAGCGGCUGAGGAAGAGAGGCUUCGAAAGGAGAAGGAGGAGGCUGAAAGACUCCAAAAACAGAAAGAGGAGGAGGAGUCUCGAAUGAGAGAGGAGGCAGAGCGACUGAAGCAGGAACGAGAGAAGCACUUUCAGAAAGAAGAGGCUGAACGGCUGGAGAGAAAGAAGCGUCUUGAGGAGAUAAUGAAGCGAACAAGACGCUCUGACAUUUCAGAAAAGCUGCCGAAAGUCAAGAAUGGAGACGAUACAGCGACCCCUGCCUCUCCUGCAGCAGCUGCAUCACAUCACAGUAACGGCAGCAGUCGGCAGCCGGAUCCUGACCCCAGCUCCUGCAGCUCAGCACCGCACCGUCCUGACCAGAGGGAGAAUGGGGAGUUUGAAGAGGUGAUCAAACUGCCUCCACACUCCAGGCUGUCUCCUCCUGAAGGAGAGGAGCAGCAGGCAGCAGAGGAGGAGGAGGAGGGUAGAGUUCCUGUUGUAGCCUUCAUGGAGAACGGUCUUUUAAAGCCGCUGAGUGGAACAGAGAGUAUCUCAGCCCAGCAGGGACCAGACGUGGCCUGACAUCGUAUCGGUGACACGAUGAUUCCACGCCUACAGACUGAAGAGGAGGCCAGAGGGAGGCAGAGAAACAUGGAGCUGCUGGACUGAACCAAUGAAAGGACUCUCAGCACCAGAUCUUUCUUCUUUCCCUCCCGCUGCACGUUCCUAAAAUCGGUGCCUCGACAGAUUUAGGAACAAUCUCAUCUCCGUCUCCAACUGGUCACGGUGGUCGUUCCUGGACCACCAUAAUCCUGUUGAUUACCCAGGAUGACGUUAAACCCCUGUUCUCCCACUUCAUGUGAGAUUAUGAAGAAAAAUCCUGAAAUAAUAUUAACUAAAAUCAAUAUUAAGUCUCCAGCCAAAACGCUUGAAGAGUUUUUGUUGCUGCAGACAUACUUUAAUCAGAUCUCCAGCAUCUGUAUAACUGGAACACCUAGACGAAGACCAGAAAUAGUUUAAUUUAUGCAUUUGUUCUCCUUUAUUGUAACCUGGUAGUUCUUUUGUUUCAAUAUUUCAGAGAUGGGGUGACUGCACAAUGUUUGAAACUACUUGAAAGUCUUGUAAUAUAAAAUUCUGCUGCAUCUAGUGUUGAAAACUAGAAGAUAAUGAGUUGAUGAACUUUGGGUUUAAUAAUGAUGAAAAGAAAAACUUUUUUUUUUCCUCAUGCAACAGAGAAAUAGGGUGUAAAUGUCUGAUUUUCUUUAGUUUUUAUUAAUUGCUGUACAGAAAACAUUAAUUUUUGUUGCCUACAUCUUGUUUGUUCUAAUUAAGAAAAAUAAUCUGCUUUAAAUUUAAGGCCCUUUGUUUACGCUUUACACUUGUCAAAGCUGACAUCCUGUCACUCAGUUGCUGGGCAUGCUGGGAAAACUACUUUUGGUUAAAGGUUGAUCGUUGUUUUGGACAAGUUUGGAUUGAAUAACUUAUUUGAUUAAAAAAAAAUGCUGCUAA